UGCAGUUUUCUUUAUUUGGAAAACCGGCAGACAGUCUUGACUCAGGCAGCCCUUCUGGAAACCGAGCUGUCCGGGUUAAAUUCGGACAGGUGGCAACCCUACUGCCAAUCCAGACUUACUCCCAUUGAAGCCCUGGGUGCUGCUCUCCCCCUGUGCCUGAUCAUGGAGCAAAAAUAGAGACCAAGGUAUUUCAGAGCUUGGAGGACCAUCACCUGGAGGUAGUAUCCUUCUUUCAUGAGAAUAGUUUUCAUGGACUAAUUGCUCAUGACUCUGAGUAAACCCUCUGUAACAUCCCUUCAUACUACAGCUCCCAUGCCCUCAGUUGGAAUGGGAACAAUUUGACCACCAAUCAGUUUCUAAUGCAAGAAGUUGUCAAGCAGUUUGGCCUAAAAGAUGAGCCACUUUCCAAAUUUUGCAGCUCUCUUAGAUUCUGAGAAUGACAGUGCGCAGGAAUUGCCUACAGAAAACAAGGCCAAAGGUAAAGUGACAGUGGAGAAAAAGGACAAUACAGUUGAUCACGAUGAAAGCACACCAGUGAAGCCUAAAGUCUCAGAUGCUGGUUCUACUAACCCUUUACCCAGUAAGGGCAUUCCAGACCCUCUCAAUAUUAGUGUCAUAAAAGAAUCCCCUGAAACAAAGGAUAAGGAUAACACAAGUAAAGAGAGGCCUUUACAGAGUGACCCUAAAGAAAAAAAAGAUUCGGUGCCUUUACAGAGUGACCCUAAAGAAAAAAAAGAUUCGGUGCCUUUACAGAAUGAUCCUAAAGGAAAGAAAGAUUCUGUGCCUUUACAGAAUGACCCUAAAGAAAAAGAUUCUGUGCCUUUACAGAAUGACCCUAAAGAAAAAGAUUCUGUGCCUUUACAGAAUGACCCUAAAGAAAAAGAUUCUGUGCCUUUACAGAAUGACCCUAAAGAAAAAGAUUCUGUGCCUUUACAGAAUGAUCCUAAAGAAAAGAAAGAUUCUGUGCCUUUACAGAAUGACCCUAAAGGAAAAGAUUCUGUGCCUUUACAGAGUGAUCCUAAAGAAAAGAAAGAUUCUGAGCCUUUACAGAAUGACCCUAAAGAAAAAGAUUCUGUGCCUUUACAGAAUGACCCUAAAGAAAAAGAUUCUGUGCCUUUACAGAAUGACCCUAAAGAAAAAGAUUCUGUGCCUUUACAGAAUGAUCCUAAAGAAAAGAAAGAUUCUGUGCCUUUACAGAAUGAUCCUAAAGAAAAGAAAGAUUCUGUGCCUUUACAGAAUGACCCUAAAGAAAAGAAAGAUUCUGUGCCUUUACAGAAUGAUCCUAAAGAAAAGAAAGAUUCUGUGCCUUUACAGAAUGACCCUAAAGAAAAAGAUUCUGUGCCUUUACAGAAUGACCCUAAAGAAAAAGAUUCUGUGCCUUUACAGAAUGACCCUAAAGAAAAAGAUUCUGUGCCUGUACAGAAUGAUCCUAAAGAAAAGAAAGAUUCUGUGCCUUUACAGAAUGACCCUAAAGAAAAAGAUUCUGUGCCUUUACAGAAUGAUCCUAAAGAAAAGAAAGAUUCUGUGCCUUUACAGAAUGAUCCUAAAGAAAAGAAAGAUUCUGUGCCUUUACAGAAUGAUCCUAAAGAAAAGAAAGAUUCUGUGCCUUUACAGAAUGACCCUAAAGAAAAAGAUUCUGUGCCUUUACAGAAUGAUCCUAAAGAAAAGAAAGAUUCUGUGCCUUUACAGAAUGACCCUAAAGAAAAAGAUUCUGUGCCUUUACAGAAUGAGCCUAAAGAAAAAGAUUCUGUGCCUUUACAGAAUGAGCCUAGAACCAGUGAAGCAAAGAAGACAGCACAACAAUCUCCAAAGGUUUCAGAUGAAUCACAGGAUGCAGAAAAAGAUAAAAGCCCUAUCGAUGACCAGGAAGCACUCGGUUCUAAAGAAGAUCCCAAUGACACCAACAAUGAUCCGAGCCACGAUGAGCCAAAUAUGGAGACCAAUGCUGGCCAGCAGAAUCCAGAAUUUGGAGAUGGAGAUGAGGAUGAUGAUGAUGAUGAUGAUGAUAAUCACCUAGAGCUAUACAAGGAGACUGAAAAAACAGAUGUGCAGGAGAAAUCUCAAGUAAAACCUUUGCCACAGGAUAAAUCAGAAAGCAGCCAUUUCUUUGCUUACCUAGUGACCUCUGCUAUCCUGGUUGCUGUACUAUAUGUUGCUUAUCACAACAAGCGAAAGAUAAUUGCUUUUGCAUUGGAAGGAAGACGUGCCAAGGGUGGGCAAAGACCAAAUUCAGGGGAUUACCAGCGGCUAGAACACAAGAUUUAAACUCCGGUUUUCCUGCCGUCCAGACCUCAAAAGCCAAGGCACUGACGGGCCUGCCCACUGAUGACAUGGUUCCUUAUAUUUGCACUGUGGAGAAUCUCUAAUUUCUCACUUCAACGACCACUUCAAUCUCUAUCUGAUAUUCUUUUGAAACCCAAUAUGCCAUGGCAUACAGAGUAAUGCUUUUCCAUCCUGCUCCACAACUAGGUAAUGGAGACGCAUUAGCCACACCAUCUAUAAUGUAUAUGUAGAGUAGACUGCCAAGCACUUUUUGUUUCCACUUAAUUGAUGGACUUUCACUUUUAAUGAUGUGUUGAACUUUUUCUAUAAUACUGUGAUUACAUAGGAGUUUCGUUAAAGGAAAACGUGAAACCUCCUGCCCUUAUGAACAUGCCAGAUAUAGCACUCCUCUAAACAGGGCCGCCAUUAGAAAUCACGAGGCCCCGUACAACAACAUUUUUGGGACCCCCUUGGCACCGCCCACCCACCCCAGAUCCCGUCCACACCACAGUUAAAAGACCACACAGAC